AGGGGAGUCUGAUUGAGAGCAAGGGACAGGAGUUUGUGUGUGAGUGUGCGCGCCUUUCUCUCCCUUAUUUGUCUGGAUAUGCGUCUCUCUCAGUUCCCUCCCCCUAUCUCAAUUAUAUUAACCUCCCCCCCUCCCCACCACCACCACUUGGAAGCCGCUCCCUGACGCUUUGAUGGUAUCUGAGAGCGUUUGUGCUGAUGUUAUUUCUGCCCCCUGAAUAUUAAUUUCCGAAACUGGUAGCAAUACAUCUCCCCAGCGAGGGACCUACUAAAGGCAGGUGAGGGGGAGGCACCAUCAGAUCAUAGCAUAAUAAUACAAAGGGGAGGGAUUUUUCGGCUACCCAGAGGCAAGACGGGAGAGGAAGAAGGGGGAAAAAAGCGAUGAGUUCGCCAAAUAGAUGGAGCACAGGAAGCUCAGUCUACUCGACUCCUGUAUUUUCACAGAAAAUGACGGUGUGGAUCUUGCUACUGCUAGCGUUCUACCCCGGCCUCACUAGCCAAAAAUCUGAUGAUGACUAUGAAGAUUAUGCUUCUAACAAGACAUGGGUCUUGACUCCAAAAGUCCCUGAGGGUGAUGUCACAGUCAUAUUAAACAACCUUCUGGAAGGAUAUGACAACAAGCUUCGACCUGAUAUAGGAGUGAAACCAACAUUGAUUCACACAGAUAUGUAUGUCAAUAGCAUUGGUCCAGUGAAUGCUAUCAAUAUGGAAUAUACGAUUGAUAUUUUUUUCGCCCAAACAUGGUAUGACAGACGUCUGAAAUUUAAUAGCACCAUUAAAGUCCUCAGAUUGAACAGCAACAUGGUGGGAAAAAUCUGGAUUCCAGACACUUUCUUCAGGAAUUCCAAGAAGGCUGAUGCCCACUGGAUCACCACCCCCAACAGGAUGCUGCGAAUCUGGAAUGAUGGCCGUGUGCUCUACACUUUAAGAUUGACAAUUGAUGCUGAGUGCCAGUUACAGUUGCACAAUUUCCCAAUGGAUGAACACUCCUGCCCCUUGGAGUUCUCUAGUUAUGGCUAUCCCCGUGAAGAAAUUGUCUAUCAGUGGAAGCGUAGUUCUGUUGAAGUGGGUGACACAAGAUCUUGGAGACUUUAUCAGUUUUCAUUUGUUGGACUGAGAAACACUACUGAAGUAGUGAAGACAACUUCAGGAGAUUAUGUGGUUAUGUCUGUCUACUUUGACCUGAGCAGAAGAAUGGGAUAUUUCACCAUCCAGACCUAUAUCCCCUGUACGCUCAUUGUCGUCCUGUCCUGGGUGUCUUUCUGGAUCAAUAAGGAUGCCGUCCCAGCCAGAACUUCUUUAGGUAUCACCACUGUGCUGACGAUGACCACCCUAAGCACCAUCGCCCGGAAGUCGCUCCCCAAGGUGUCCUAUGUUACAGCAAUGGAUCUCUUUGUAUCAGUUUGCUUCAUCUUUGUCUUCUCUGCUCUGGUGGAGUAUGGCACCCUGCAUUACUUUGUCAGCAACCGGAAACCCAGCAAGGACAAAGACAAAAAGAAGAAAAACCCUCUUCUUCGGAUGUUUUCCUUCAAGGCCCCCACCAUUGAUAUCCGCCCACGAUCAGCCACCAUUCAAAUGAACAAUGCCACACACCUUCAAGAGAGAGAUGAAGAAUACGGGUAUGAGUGUCUUGACGGCAAGGACUGUGCCAGUUUCUUCUGCUGUUUUGAAGAUUGCAGAACAGGAGCAUGGAGACAUGGAAGGAUACAUAUCCGCAUUGCUAAAAUGGACUCAUAUGCACGGAUCUUUUUCCCUACUGCCUUCUGCUUGUUCAAUCUGGUUUACUGGGUCUCCUACCUUUACCUGUGAAAAAGGUAUGGUUUCAUCAAUACAUGGGGUCUUAUUCACUAAAUCUUACCGAGAGUGAUGUCCUUUCUAAGUCCACUUAAAUCAUCCUCUUUGUAGUUUAUAACGAAUCUGCUUCUAUGUUCUAACAUGGAAAACUGUAAUAACGUUUUAUUGUCUGCGCCCGACUCUUCGGUGGGAAGUGUAAUUUGAACUGUAACAUUUGUGUGUCUCAAACCUGCAAGGUGAAGAGAAAUUAGAGCAAGAACAUUGAAACUAAGCAAAAUAUUACUUCAAUUAAUGUAGUUGAGAAAAUAAUAGCCCCAACUGUUUAAAGUGGUGGCAUCCUUUUCAAUUCAAAAUACAAUUAGAUGCAAAAGAUCUGAAACUAUAUCCUGUGUUCAUUUGGAGGCAGGUUUUAACUUUGAUCCCAGUAGGCCAUCUCCCUCAUCUGAAAAAAAAAAAAAAAAAAUCACAACUCACUUUCAAUAUAAGAAGCUAGUCUAGAAAUUGACUCUACCUGUAACUUAAGAAAAUUUCCUCCACACCUCAUGUACAAUGAUGUAAAUAUUCCGUAAUGUAGAAUGCUUCAAGUUUAACGCAUGCAUCUCCUUAGAGCCAAAAUAAAUGGAUCGAAGUUAACAUCAUAAAGUAUUGUCUUUUAUUCUGUGUCUCUGGACUGCAAAAGAAUCAUGAGAGCAAUUAUAAGGGUCUGGGUUUGGAAUUGGAGAGAGGAAGUUCCUGUACUUUCCUCCUCAUGCAUGAUGAUUAAAACAGCAUUAUUUUCCCUUUGUAUGGCAUAUUGAAACACUAUAGACUGAAAAAUUGACACUUAUCACCUCUAAAUAUGCCCAGUUUCAUUGAACAUAAAGUAACUGUAUAUGCUUGCUGCUGUUUUUUCUUCCUUUUAGGAUGACAGAUCAUAACACAACUCUCUUUCCAUCACAAGAUCUGCUUUUAGUGCUUGUGAGUGCCUUGUGGGCAGAACAUUUGUCUUUUCCUCGAUAGGUCUUCAGCACCUUGGAUAAUGCCUGGCACAUAGCUGGUGCUCAAUAACUGUCCUGAAGUAAAAUGGCUUCAUAUUUUUCUAGUGAAUCUUUCUGCACUGGUCUGGACCAGUUAUUCAUCUUUUCUCAUAACUCUGUCAAGUAAUAUUUGCAGGAAAAAAAAAAAGAAAAAACCAAAGGAUACAAAGAACUUUGGAUAUUUAUAUCAUUAUCAAAGUUUUGUCUGAGCCAGUGUCUAUUCCUUUUAAAUCAAUUUCCAUGUCCAGUGUUUGUAUACAGAAAUGAGUCUGCUAGGGAAUAAUUAGAGUUUGUGCAUUAUUUUUCCAAAUUUGGGACUGAGUUAGCCCUAAACCAUCCAUGAUUCUGAUUGAGGGCAUAUGACAGGCUUGAAGUAGGAUUCAUACCUGACUGGCAUUCAAAAUGUAGUAUUCUAUGUUCUGUAGGAAAAAAAUAUCAAUGACUUACAAGGAAAUUGAGCCUAUGACUGUGGCCUCAUUCGCCUAUGCUGUAUUCACAUAAAGUGGUAGUCCCAGACUUCAGACAUGAGUUGAGCUCCAUCUUCAUGUAUUCAUCCUGAUUCCUUAUUUUUCUGAAAACAGCAUCACUUCUCUAUACUUCUGUAUGGCAAUCAUUGUUAAAAGUUAGAAUUCAGUCAUAGUUCAUACAACUUUAUAGACAGCCUGAGAAAAAAUAACAAAGAAAGAGUAUCUUUGUUAAUAGAAAACCAUAAAAAGUCAUCAUAAAGUCAUCUGGAUAAAUCUUGAAAACACAUUUAGCUGCCAAUUUUACAAACCUUUAAUAUAUCAGUGCUCUAGUAUAUAACCUCAAACACAUGUAAAUCGAAUUAUUUUCUUGUUUUGAAUUGUCAAUAUAAUAAAUGUUGACUCUUUGGGAGAAUUGUUGGCAAAUUUUCAAUGGUGAGAAACAUGUUAGUAUUGUCAACUUGAAAUGUAUUUCGUAAUGGGGAUACCCCAAAAAGCUAGCUUUCCAAUGUGUGCAUAGUAUUGACAAAGAUAUAUAUAUAUAUAUACACACACGUACAUAUAUAUAUAUUAUAUAAAACCUGAUUCUUAUCAGCUGCUCCCUGUUUGUGUGUUUGAAACCUUUUCACAAAGGGAAUUGUCUAACACGUGGACUUUUACAAUAAAAAUGCUGCAUUCUAAUCCA